AAAGUAAAUCAUCCCGUUUCGUCACCCGCACAACCUGAAUAUGUUCAUGUUCCGAUAAAAAGGAAAAGAAGUAGUUGCUUUCAAUGUUUCGCGUGAUACACGUUGAUCAACGUGUCAGAUCGUCGAAAAUUCAGAGUCCACUGGUGGUAGCGACGUUUCCUUUCGAGCCGCGAUUUCUUUCGAAGCGAUCGGUCGUGUGUUAUCCGAAGGAGCCAUAAAGCAUCCAUAUUUAGCUUUUACAGGAGAUACACAUAAAUCGAACACAUUGGAGAAAAGGGGCGGAUUAAGCGGGAAAUAUCGUACCGGUCUCCAUUGAUGUGCACAUAUGUAUAAUUUUUUGUACAAAGAAUCACUAACACACCGAUCGAAUUUCAAAGACGAACGUAGAGAUCAAGUUUCGAAACGGAAGUAAUAUCACGCACUGAAAGUCCUUUCUGUGAAAAAACGUGUCGGAUGGGCUCUGAAGAAAUACUCGACGCGAUAGGAAGUCGCAUCCCGAAUGAAAAUUCACUGGCUUACCUUCCUCGACAGACUCGUCCGGCG